CGUAUAGGAGGCACUUAAAUUAGGUUAGACGUAAGUGACUUUGUUACUGACACAGCCCCGAGGAAGCCUUUCUUUGAGCCAGUCUCAGAAAUGCUUCCAGCCCUUGCGCGCACAGCGCGCCACCAUGGCCUUUUCACUAAGGUCGGCGUUCGGGGGUUCGCCAGCCAGGUCUCCGAGAUGACUGUGCGUGACGCUCUGAACUCGGCUCUCGAUGAGGAGCUGGCUCGCGACGACAAGGUCUAUGUGCUCGGCGAGGAGGUUGGCGAGUAUCAGGGCGCUUACAAGAUCACGAGAGGUCUGCUCCAAAAGUAUGGGCCGGACCGCGUGAAGGACACGCCCAUCACUGAGGCGGGUUUCACGGGUAUCGCGGUGGGCUCUGCUUUCGCGGGCCUGCGCCCCGUGUGCGAGUUCAUGACCUGGAACUUCGCAAUGCAAGCCAUCGACCAAAUUAUCAACUCGGCGGCAAAGACGCUGUACAUGUCGGCGGGCCAGAUUAACUGCCCCAUCGUGUUCCGCGGGCCCAAUGGUGCUGCGGCGGGUGUGGCAGCGCAGCACUCCCAGUGCUUCGCCUCGUGGUACAGCUCUGUACCCGGCCUUAAGGUGCUGGCGCCAUACGACUCGGAGGACGCACGUGGCCUGAUGAAGGCCGCCAUCCGGGACCCCGACCCGGUGGUGUUUCUGGAGAAUGAGAUCCUGUACGGCCAGGCCUUCCCCGUAACGCCGCAGGUGCUGGACAAGGACUUCGUGCUGCCCAUUGGCAAGGCCAAGGUGAUGCGGGAAGGCAAGCACGUGACGCUGGUGUCGUUCUCCAAGAUGGUGGGCUACUGCCUCAAGGCAGCGGAGCAGCUGGCCAAGGAGGGCAUCGACUGCGAGGUAAUCAACCUGCGCUCCAUCAAGCCGCUGGACCGCGACACGCUUCUGGCCAGUGUGAAGAAGACGCACAAGAUUAUCAGCGUGGAGGAGGGGUGGCCGCAGUGCGGCGUGGGCAGCGAGAUUAGCGCCGUCAUGAUGGAGCUGGCCUUCGAUGAGCUGGACGCGCCGGUGCUGCGCGUCACCGGCGCGGAGGUGCCCAUGCCCUACGCCGCCAACCUGGAGGCCGCGGCGCUUCCCCAGAUUGAUGACAUCAUCAAGGCCGUGAAGAGCAUUGCAUGAGCGGUGUGACACUGGCAGCGGAUACGGAGCGGCGGUGGCGGCGGCAGGUGUACUGCCUGUAGCGAGUCUGGAGCAGCAACCUAGGCUGGCAAGAGGUCACAGGGCUGUGGGGUUGUGAAGGAGCCCGACGAAGGAAGAGGCAUGAGCCAAGGUGUCGACCGCGUCGGGCGGGCUUAUGGGUAAGAAUGGAACGGUUUUUAUGCAAUCAUUGCUGAGAUGAGGGCGGAUAGCCCUCAGCCGGCGGCGACAUGGGAAGCACCGUAGCACGAUGCUACAUGCAAGUUGAGGCGAACGCACGGCCAGCGGGUGACGUCAGGUUGGCCGAACCUGGCGUGUAGGCGGACUAAGCUUCCAAGAGAACGUGCAAUAGGAGACACCCACUGUGUAUGGGUGUUUGUACGUCAGUUACAUGCUGCGGACGUAGCCAGUUGAGUUUGGAGGCCAUGUAUGCCAGGGCGGAACGACAGAACGGAAGGCAUUGAAACGGGCGCGGUAUGCACGUGACCGAAGUGUAAAAGUCUGUUAUU